AUGGUCGCUUUUUCCAAACCUGUUGCUGAGCUACCAUCAGCCAUAAAAGCAGUUUUGGAACCGGUCGCCAAUAAUGUCUCAUCACGACAACCUAUAAGCAAAGUUAAAGCUAUAACGUCUUUUGCGGUCAUAUCUCUAGCGGCUUACACCACGAACUAUGUUUACAGAAAGCGAACAGAGCGUGCAGGGUCCUCCUUCAACAAUACUGAUGUUCGCGAAGGUCCUGUGCCGGGGAGUAGCAAAUAUUACCUGAAGGUGCCGUAUAAAAAUCGCAUGUCCACCGUUACCAUAAGACCAACCACGGCUGAAACACUUAAGAAGAACAAGCGUUAUUUUCCCGUCCUCGCCGAUCCCCAAAAAGUUGGUGUCAACAAGGCCUUCUUCAAGCAACUUCGCGCAAUCUUGCGAAUCAUUAUACCCAGAAUUCGGUCGAAAGAGGUUAUUCUCCUGGUAUUGCAUUCCAUCUUUCUGCUCUUGAGAACUUGGCUAAGCAUUGUGGUGGCAAAAUUAGAUGGAAGGAUUGUUCGGGAUUUGGUUUCCGCUAACGGCAAAGAGUUCCUCAAGGGAAUAGUUUAUUGGUUUGUCAUUGCGGUUCCAGCAGCAUACACCAAUAGCAUGAUACGAUUCCUCCAAUCAAAGUUGUCAAUCGGAUUUAGAACGCGUUUAACACGAUAUACGCAUGAUCUUUACCUAAAUAAGCAAGAUGCUUAUUACAAAGCCAUUAAUCUUGACAAUCGAAUUGGUGGUGCUGACCAGUUCAUCACCACCGACAUAUCACGCUUUUGCGACGGCCUUGCCGCUUUGUAUUCAAAUCUGGGAAAACCAGUGUUAGAUACAAUAAUCUUCAAUUACCAAUUAGCUAAAAGCGUUGGAACUGUUAAUAUGAUAGCAUUAUUUGGAAAUUAUCUAUUCACCACGUGGUUAUUAAGAAAAGUUACCCCCGCGUUUGGCAAGCUGUCAGCGCAGGAAGCCAAGUUAGAGGGUGAUUUCCGUACCGCACACUCACGUCUUAUUAUCAAUGCCGAGGAAAUUGCUUUUUACCAUGGAGCCGAGUUAGAGCAAUCCAUUUUGAAUCGCACUUACACAAAACUUAUUAAACAUAUAAACGGGAUCUUGAAGUAUUCUUUCCUGAAUGGGGUGGUCGAGGUGGAAGAAACGAAAUGGAAGGAAGUUCGGGCGCUGGUGGAAAAGAGAGGAGCCGCACAAAAUCAUUUGUCACAAACAGAAGAAUUUUAUUCACUGGGUGACGUACGUGGCGAUGUGAUUCUUGACUAUGAUGGAAUCAAAUUUGAAGGUGCGCCCAUCGUUGCGCCUAACCCAGGAAACGAAAAAGGUGGAGAAGAGCUGAUUAAGAAUUUGAGUUUGGAAGUACGCCCUGGAGAACAUUUACUGAUAACUGGUCCAAAUGGAGUCGGAAAAACAAGUAUUGCGAGAGUGAUUGCUAGACUAUGGCCUUUGUUCAAGGGUCGACUCAGUCGACCAAAUUCCGAAGAUAUUUUCUAUACCCCACAACGACCAUACCUUAGUAUAGGUACUCUUCGUGACCAAGUAAUUUACCCUUACUCUCAUGCAGACAUGAUUCGUGCUGGUCGCACGGAUGAGGAACUAUUAGAAAUACUUCGUGUGGUCCACUUGGCUUACAUACCUGAUCGCGAGGGUGGUUGGGAGACUAAAAAAGAAUGGAAGGACGUCUUUUCCGGUGGAGAAAAACAAAGGAUAGGAAUAGCCAGAGUUUUCUUCCACCGACCUAAAUUUGCGAUUCUCGACGAAUGCACUAGUGCCGUGAGUGCUGAUGUCGAAGGCCUAAUGUAUCAACAUGCGAAGGAUUUGGGCAUUAGUAAGUGCAACACAAUAUCUGUUCAAAUAAUUGCCUUCAUGUGUAUCACCCCGUCACUUAUCAAUUCAUCUGAUUUCAUUGUAGCACUUAUUACCAUAUCACAUCGACCAUCUCUAUCCAAAUACCACAGUCAUCUGCUACGCAUUGAUGAAGGUAUGUGCGAAUCCUCAACUAUUGGAACAAAGGAAGAACGCAUGUCAAUGGACAAAGAAGUUGCGAUGUUAGAGGCGAAGCUGAAAGAUGUUGAGCCCAUAAAAGCGAGGGUUGCAGAAAUAAAUAAAGAGUUACAACUGGGUAUAUCAACUUCGGAUAGUACUAAGAUUCAACGCAGAGGAGUUGUAUAUGAUUAG